UGGGUGUGAACUUUUGGUACCGUGCUUUUGUGUCGUAAAAAUGGUUCAAUUUUACAAAUGCUGUUAACACCCCCAUGCUCAGCACCCGUGGAAUCGCUAGACGCAAUGAUAUUUUAAUUGGUUGUCUUUAAUUCGCGAACGUUUCCAUCUGCUGUUUCACGGUACUUUUGGCCCUCUAAUUUAAGAGAAGACGACAAGAACUGCAUAUCUACGUGAUAAAAAUAAUGCGAACGUUGUAACUGCAAGAUUUAUUCCGACGUGUAAUUUAGUGCGAGUGCUUGGUGCAAAAAUGUGGUCAAACGCCGAAUUUCCCGAACUGCGCAAUAGUUACGGCACCUUUUUUUAAUGUUAGAUAUUGCUGAGACAUCGCCUGCCCAGUUUCGCUCGCCGCGGAUCACCGAGCACCCCUCCGACAUAAUCGUGGCCAAGAACGAACCAGUGACCCUCAACUGUAAGGCCGAGGGCCGUCCCGAGCCCACCAUCGAGUGGUUCAAAGACGGAGAACCCGUCAAAACCUCACCCACCGACAACAAAUCGCACCGAGUCCUGCUGCCGGCAGGAUCCCUCUUCUUCCUGCGAACCAUGAACAGCAAGAAGGAGCAGGACGCGGGUGUCUACUGGUGCGUGGCUCGCAACACGGCCGGCUCUGCGGUCAGCAGGAAUGCCACGCUGCAAGUAGCCGUGCUGAGAGACGAGUUUCGGGUCAUGCCGUCCGAUACGAGAGUGGCGGCGGGCGAAACCGCGCUUCUCCAGUGCGGGGCGCCAAGAGGGCAUCCCGAGCCGAAUCUCAUGUGGAGGAAGGACGGGGAAGUGCUGGAGGUGGACGGCAGGAGGAUCAGGAUUGUCGAUGGAGGCAAUCUCAUGAUCUCGGAUGUUAGACAACACGACGAAGGGCGAUAUCAGUGCGUGGCGCAUAAUUUGGUGGGGUCGAGGGAGACGCCGCCCGUUAUGCUCACAGUACACGUGAAGCCAUUCUUCAAUAAGGAACCCCAAGACGUGGUGGCCCUCCUGGGCAAGAGGGUGGUGUUCCAGUGCGCGGUGGACGGGGAGCCCGUCCCCAACGUGCUGUGGCGGCGCGAGGACGGCAAGAUGCCCAUCGGCCGCGCCCGCAUCCUCGACGACAAGUCGCUGCUCAUCGACAACGUGCAGACCUCCGACGAGGGCAUUUACAUCUGCGCGGCCGAGAACGUCGUCGGCAGCAUCACGGCCAAGGCAUCGCUCGUCGUUAAUUCUCCGCCAACGUUCAUCGAAAAGCCCCGCGACCAGAAGGUCUCCCUCAACGGCGUCGUCGAGUUCCACUGCUCGGCCACCGGAAACCCCCCUCCGUCCGUCUUCUGGACCAAAGAAGGUUCCCAAAUGCUCAUGUUUCCGGACAAUUCCUACGGUCAUAUGCACGUGAACGCUCACGGAACGCUCCGAAUCCAAGGAGUGCAACGUGAGGAUGCCGGAUUUUUAGUCUGUUCGGCUUUAAGUGUUGCAGGCUCGAGCAGUGUGCGAGCAUUCCUGCAGGUCACGUCGGUGGCAGAUCUCCCGCCACCAAUUAUACAAAUUGGACCUGCUAAUCAAACGCUACCACUGCACAGCAUGGUCACUUUGCACUGCAAAGCCUCCAGUCCCGAAGGGGAACAGCCCAAGAUUCGCUGGUCCAAGGACGGGAAGGUGCUGCAGGAGGAGCGCUUGCCCGAUAGAUACACCAUCAGCGAGACGGGAACGCUAGAUAUUGACGAUUUGCGUUUGGACGAUUCGGGCCUCUACACCUGCUCCGCCAUCUCGGAAAGCGGCGAGAGCUCGUGGUCGGCCUCCCUCAGCGUAGUCGAGGGCUCCUCAGCCCUCCUGCACCGCAGUCCCGACCCGUCCACCUUUCCAAAAGCCCCAAACCAGCCCCGCAUCCUCAACGCCACUGAAUCAAGCAUCACCCUAGCAUGGGACGACGGUCCCGAAGCCGGCCUUGUGGGCUACACCGUCGAGUACUGGAGCCCCGACCUGCAGACCGGCUGGGUCAUCGCGGCCCAUCGCGUCUCCAACUACAUCGUAGUGCGUGAACUUAAACCCGACAGUUCGUACAUGUUUAUAGUGCGCGCCGAAAACGCCCAUGGACUCUCGCCCGCAAGUCCGGUCUCGUCCAUUGCCCGCACUCUGGCCAACUCGCGGGCGGUCUCCGGGUCCGAGCUGGACACAGCCCGGACGGCCCUCAGCACGAAGUUGGUCGAGCUAAGGGACGCCAGACCACAGUCGAGCAGUUCGGUUAAAUUGACGUGGAGUUUAGCAGCGUUGGAUUAUAUCGAAGGGUUGUAUAUACGGUUUCGGGAGUUGUCCGGGGGUUCCCACAAUUAUAACAUACUGACUGUGCUUGAUGUGCAAACGAAGAGCUAUACAGUGUCGAAUUUGAAGAAGUUUACGAAAUAUGAGUUUUUUAUCGCGCCGUUCUAUAAAUCGGUUGAGGGUCAGCCGAGUAAUUCUAGAGUUGCGCAAACGCUGGAAGACGUUCCUUCGGCACCGCCUGAUGGUGUCACUGCUGGGGUUUUUAACGACACAGCCGGGUGGGUCCGUUGGUCGCCUCCCCCACCCCAACACCACAAUGGUAUUAUAAUUGGGUACAAAAUCCAGAUCCGAGGGUCCAUUACCCGGUCUUUGACAGUCAAUUCGAGCACUACUUCCGUUUUGAUCAGUAACCUAACUUCCGGUGGGUCGUACAAUGCCCGAAUUGCAGCUUUGACGCAUGCUGGCCAAGGCCCUUAUUCCAACCAAGUGCCCUUAUUGACCGCCCCGCGGGCCCAAAGCCCGCGCACCUUGGGCCCCUUUGUCCCCUUGGUCCAACAAACCUGGUUCGUGGUCCUACUCGCGACUGCAAUUCUCGCAAUUCUGGUAAUCACCGGAGGACUCCUCUACUUGAAAAAACGCCAGUCUUUGAGCAAACAACUGGGCCAUUUAAACGUCCCGGUGGUCAACGCCAGUCAACUGAACGCAAAAGACACACUCUGGAUCGACAGGGGCUGGCGCCAGACCGACUGCGACAAAGACUCCUCCAUCCCCUUGGCCCAACCGGCCGACUACGCCGAAGUCGACACACGCAGCCUCUCCACCUUCUACAACUGCAAAAAAUCCCCCGAGAACCCGACCCCGUACGCCACCACCAUGCUCCUGCCGCCGCCGAACUGGUCCGAGUUCAUCCCGCCGCCACCGGACCACCCGCCGCCCGAGUGCCCGCCGGUGCCGCCGCCGCGGGGCGGCUCCAGCUGCGGCAGCGGGUACGCGUGCUACGCCGUGCACGUGCCCAAGCAGUACAACCGGUGCGGGAACUGCUCGUUGGCGAGCGGCAGCUCCGGGAGGCGGUCCACCCCCCGGGGGCACUGCCACCCCCAUAACUGUGAUAAAGUGUGGAGCAAUCAGCAGUGGGAGGAUGGCGAUGCCGAUGUCGAGACUGAUAGACAUUCCUGUUCGAGUAGUCACGACACCACCUGUUCCUGUAGUGAGUCGUCGUGUUUGUACGCCGAGGCGGGGCCGAGUAAUCCGCGGCCGGUGCCUCAUUGCCAGGUGAAAAGGUGCGGGAAGUGAACGCUACCGCACGCGGGCGGAAAGUGACGUUGACAUAUCGGUGCGGAAAGUGACUUGUACAGCAUAUCAGGGGGGCCGAAGGCCCCCAAUGUCCUAAUACGACUACUAGUCCAAGAAAAUUAGACUCGUUUGGUAAUAUUUACAAAAAUUCGGAAGGGAGAUAAAGCAGAAUUGCUAUUAUCUCGCGCAGCUCGUUAUAUUUUUACAGCGCUGCCUGAAUAAGUUAAUAAAACCGCCGGAACGUUAAAACUCCAUCUCAAUUUAAUUUCGUCAAGUUUUAUCUUAUCGUUGACCUCGCGUCGAAAUUGAAACAUUAAAAAUUUUGCUAAUUAUGCUUUGUUUUGAUAAAAUCGUUGCUAAAACAAAAUAUUCAUGCUCAUUUUUAUGUAAUUUGUUUACAGAAUCAGCUGAAAGCAAUUUAUUUCGACGAUAAGCCACGAAAAAUGACACAAAAAUCUAACAUUAAAACAUUUCCAUUCAGAGAUAUAUCACGUUUGCUUGUUUCAUUAAAAACAAUUUUUUUCGGUGCUUAUCUAUUGUCUUUUAAUUAAUUAUGUUUUUGCCUUCAUUGUUCUUAUUAUGUAGCAUUUGUGUCAAUUUGCCGCAGAUGAUCACGGUCAGAAAUUUAAUUACCUAUUGAAGUAGAGGCUCAGUUAAUAGCUAUUUAUACGCCAAGAGGAGAAAGACAUGUAUUCUUUCCCGAAAUGAAGAUGAAUAAAUAAUCAUCUGUUUUACAUAUGAUUUUUUUCGACGGCUUCAUCAGAAAUAUCGUUUUCAUUUUCCAAAUAGAAUAUGAAAGUUCGAGGGAGGAAAAUGAGGGGGGAAAAUGUUUUCAUCCCUGCAGAUGUAUCUUCAUCGAUAUUUUCUAAUGUGGCGAAUAUUUUAUUUUUUCGUUGACCGUUUGUUAUUAAUGAACGACUUGUGUUUAUGGCCGUCAUUAAUGCACUCAUUUUUAUUUAUUCAUUAAUAAUGCACCCUUUUCGGGAUUAUGGUAAUGAGCGAUUAAUAAUCGUGUUUAGAGCACGAACGAACGACAUGAGUGCCUGCCUUAAAUAGUUAAUUAAGUAACUGUUUGUUCUGGAUCCAGCUGUACUCGGCAGUUUGAACCAAAUGCUACGUAACAUUUUAAGCUUGUGACUUGGUUUUGUGUUGAAAAAAUGACGAUUUCGUCUAAUUUUGCUGGACUAUUCGUUGCCUAGUCCUAGUUUCGCGUUUUAGUUACCAGUAAGUCGAAUGUGUCUUCCUGUUUUAACUAGCACAAAGCAGACUUGUCGUCUCGCAGUUGGAAUUCGUUUUCGUGUCAUAUUAGCGACUCAUCUUAGGCCAUAAGUACCAUGAGUGUAAGAUUUUGGUUGAACUGCUUUUGUAGAUAUUGCCAAAGAACUGCCUAGACCCCCCCGGGUCCCCAUAAUCCAAUACAAUCUCAGACUGAAUUCCUAUACUUCUUUAGCAAUACUUAUGAACUUGUAAGUAGGAUUUUAUAUUUAUAUUAUCGAUUGUGAUUUAGUCUUAAAGAGUAUUUAAACGUGUAUAUAUGAAUUGUGAGCUUGUAUAUAAAUACAUUGUUAUACCUGUGGAGACCACUCGGUAUUUGUAACUUUUUGUAGAAAAAAAUUCAUAAAUGUAAGAUAAAUAUUGAUGUAGAUAUUUAUUAUUUUCCUGUUAUUUAUAAUUGAAUAAACGGUACUUGCAUACA